AGUUGCAAGAGAGUCGGCGGCGCGUACGGAACUAAAGUGUUGUGGUGCAAAUUAGAAGGAACAAAAAUAAAAACAACAAAACAAUCAAGAAAUAAUAAUUAAAUAAAAUAAACGUGCGCGCACACAUCGAUGUAAUAAACGGGCGAAAAUUGUAGCAGCAAGGAUAAACGCCUGAAAGUGUGCUUAAGUAGUGCUGCUGUGUGAGCCGAUUAUCAAAACAAAUACAUACACAUACACCAGCUUACGGAGGCGAACAGCCGAAGCGAAUCGAGUGAGUGAGCGCAAGCUACAUAAGUGGACGACUGCUGAGCAACGAGCUCAGCUGAAUAUUAUUUAUAUUUAUAUACACAUACACACACACACACACAUUUGUGCUACUGGAGGGAGGUUAGGCUGGCCAAGUGCACUUUUGCUAGUUUGAUGGCUUAUUGUUGCUGUCUAGGGGUUGCUUGAUAUUUUCACGUCCUUCACAGUUUUCGUUUUGAACAUUUAUUUUUUCACUUUGCAUGCAUGUGUGUGUGUGUGUGCUUGCACUCGUUUAUCGCACGUUGUACGCCACGGAGUUGCGCUGUUGUGCCUUAGCCGCCGUAGCGCUCAACGGUCCACGGUACAACAAUCUUGGUGCGUCACUUUUGACGACUCGCCCGCGUUUAGUAGGACACAGAGGAGUUGAGCGUCAAGACGCGCGUCAAACCGGUUAUAUACAGGACAGCUACUAACGUGGUUUUUAGGCGCCAACGAAUAUGAGCCAGAAAAGCAGUGCACGCUUAAAGUUGAAGCGUCGUUCCGGUGAGCAAUGGGUAUCCACCAAUCGCGUACUCAACAGCAUAUCGGGCUCAAAGAAAGCUUGCAGUAUCGGACGUAAUCCUAACUUCGAUACAGACGAAACGAAACUGCUCAUACAAUUGUGGGGUGAUCCGAAAGUGCAGCGCACACUUAUUAUAGCGCACAAAAAGCAUGCGGUGCUCUGCGAUCUCGCCGCAAAGAUGCAGCAAUACGGUUACUAUCGCUCGCCGGAAGAGAUAAGCACACGUGUCAAGAAUCUUAAAUGUUUUUACAAUCGUUUGAAGAAAGAAAUCGAAUCGGGCUUGGCAUCGGCGGCUGAGCCCACCUGGAAGCAUUAUGCGGAAAUGGAUGCAAUUAUGAAGCGGCCAAUCUUUAGUGUGCGACCAAAUGAGGUGCCACCACCUUCGCUCAAAUAUCAGUUGGAGAAAGCGCGUGAGGAGCGCGAGGAGCGUAGACAGAAAAUUUUGGAUGAAGGCGGUACUGUGUCUGAAAGUGAUGACGGACUGGAUGAGUUGGUGGCGUUGAGUAAUGGAAAUGCCACGAAACACGACAUUGACGAUGGCAUAAUACCCGAUGUGGAGGUGGAUAUUAACGAUGAGGCUUUUGCGGCCAUUGCUAGUGCGGCGGAGAAGACCGUUAAACCGCUGUCGGCAACCAAACGACGCAAGAUAUCGAAAGCCAGCGACGGCAGUAUGGAGUUGUGUAAUGAAUAUGGGGAGGAGCAUAUCGCCGACACGCGAAGCACCGAUAGCAAUGAUAUGGGAGAAGUGCAAAUUAAGGAGGAAAAUGACAGCAUGGAUAGCGAAGAGUUUCCCUUGUGCAAAGCUGUUAAACGUAAAUCGACGGAUGGUGAAAAGUCUAAACUAAGUCAGCUACAAAAGCAGAACGCCGAGGCGACCACCACUGCGGCUAGCACACUAAUCAAAGAGGAACCCAUCGAUGUGGAUGCCGAGGAAGAAAACGGGGUCAUUGCAACGCAAAAAACCACUAUGCCCACACUAAUCGAACGUUUGGGCGACAACUCGUCGAACCUUAUUAUACCUGUCUCAAGUCCCAUGACGAUUGUUUCCAGCGCCGCCAACGCGUCUAAAGCAUCAACCACAACCACGUCCAGUCUACAAACGACGCCGCAGGGCAAAAUCUCUUUGGUACCCACAAACUUCCUUAUGCAACCCAAGUCAACAACACCAACAACACCAAACGCCACGACACCCAUAGCACCAGCGCCAGCACCAACGCCACUGAUGCCACUUCAUCAGUCACAAAUUCAACUGUUGCCGAAUGCAUUAAAUGCCAGCGGCACAUUGCAGCCCGGACGCAUUUUGCUCAGCGGUACCACGGGUGUAGGCGGCGCACAGGGUACGCCUACCAGUGCAGGCUUUGUGGCUACCGGUCCGGGUGGCAUGAAGCUACUGCUGGUCAAUGCUGAUCAGGCGGCGGCACAAAUGGGUGCCACAAACACGACUUUGAGUAAGACCUUGUUGCCGCAAUUAAAUGCUGCUUUACUACAACAGCAGCAACAACAACAAAAGCAACAGCAACAACAGCAGGCGCAGCAACAACAGCAAUUGCAACAGCAGCAGCAGCAGCAACAGCAACAGGAGCAGCAGGCACAGCAGCUACAAAAGGAACAACAACAGAAACAGCAACAACUACUCAAGAAAGUCGAGGAAGCCAAAGCCAAGGCCGCCAAUAAGCGCCAGCAAAAGCAGCUGCACGACAAGCAGCGACGCGAGGAAUUGCUAUCGCGCAAGGAGGCAGCUAGCAUGCGUAUACUGUUGCGUCACGUAUACAAUGCACAAACGGAGAACAAUGAAAUACAACAGCAGCGGUUGGCGCUGGAACGUGAGCGCUUGGAUUUCGAGCGUUCUGCCGUAGAACGUUUCUUUGCCGAACUACCGAAACUAUUCACACAACAGCAGCAGCAACAACAACAGCAGACGCAAGUGCUGCAACAGCAACAACAACAAGUUGCUGCCGCAAUGCAGGCACACACACAACAAAUGCGUCUUAAUCCACCAAAAUUGGUCUUCACGACCGCAGUGCCUGGCGGCACAAGCAUAGCGGGCGUGACUGGCGGUACGACCAUACUGACACCGACAAAGCUGGCGACCAACGCUUUGCCCAAACUGGCGCCGGCACCAACGGCGGUCAUAGCACAAACUCCGCUCACCGUGACGGUGCCAGCUGCCGAGGUGACUACGAAUGCGCAAAGCGUUGAUGCACAGCUAGUGACACCGAAAACGGAGCGGGAGGACUGAGGUGCUUUUAAUGCGCAUACGAAAAAUACUCACGCUCUCCAAAUAAAGUGCAACAAACGUUAGUGAAAUUUUUUUAAAACAAAAAAAUUAAUGUCGAGGACAUAAAAAUGGCACAAAUUUGCAAUUUGUGUAUUAUUAAAUAAAAUUUACAGUUAUGUGUAUGGAAAAUAUGCGCAUAUUGAUAUUUGAAAGCCUGAAAAUGCUACAAAUGUAAUUUGAACACACAGGCGGAAUUAGUAUUAAUAAUAUUGGGCGCAAAAUUGAAAAUUGUACGUAUAUACAUAUGCAUACAUAUGCAUGUAUUAAUAAAUAUUAUAUAUGAAUUAAAAAUGCAUAGCAAUUAUUUGCAAAAAUUAUGUGUAUAUUUGCACACUAUAAAUUUGUUUAACAAUUGUAAUUUCAAUACUCAUUUAAUUGCUUUUUGUUCGAAAAAUAUUAAUUUAUAUAUUUUUGCAAUAAAUUAACAAUGUAUUACCUAAAAUUUAUAUAUUUUUUAGUAAUUUAUAAAAUUUGUAAAAUAUUUCAUAAAUUAGUUAUAAUUUAUUAGGCAAACUUUCAAAUAACUUAUAUUUUUUAUGUGCAUAAAAUCGUAAGUGCGUAAAAUUUUAAUUUAUAAAUAUAUCUUUUAACAGAUAGCAAACUAUGAAAGCAGAAAUUUAUAUUUUAAACUAUAUUACAGUAGUUUUAAUAUUAAAUUAAAAAAUAUAAUGCAUUUUUACACGUCUUUUGUUGCCUAACAAUUGGAAAUAUUGUGCAAUUGGUCUACUAAUCAUUAUGAAAGUCAAUGAGUUAAUAAUAUAAUUUUAAGCAUAUAAUUUCACAAUAUCUAUAUUCGUAAACUACGUUUAAUACCGUUCACAUUAUUGCUAUGUGGUGUUUCAGUUAAUUGUCUUAAAUACAAUUUUUCUUUGUAAUUUUUUUGCAAAUUUGUAAAAUGCAAAAAUGUAUGUAUUAUAGCAAUACAAAAUAAAAAGCAGCUCUACUAUUUUAACAAUUUGCAUCAUCGUCAAAGAAACAAUAAACUUUAUGAACAAUAUACUCAUUCUAUAUAUAUACAUAUAUAUAGUCUAUAA